CCCAUUAAACAUAAGCGGAGAAGACACCAUGAUACUGAACUCGUCUCCUCUGACUUCAGUCGUCCCCCGCGCCAGGAAGCGUCGCUGCUCUCCCAGUAAAACCUCGCGCUCUGUAAUCACACCUCGUGCUUAUGUCAACGCGCGGUCCGAGUUACGGGGUUUCUCCCGAAAACAGAAGGAGAGCCACUCCCAAUCUUCCCCGCCCGAGCUACAGUCGCACUGCGCCUGCCCACUCUGUUCCACCGGAAGAAGACGUUUACUUGAGGCGGUGGUGACAACCCUUUUUCCCAAUUUUGCUUCCAAUGCUUCCGAUUUAGGCUCUGAUUAUACGGCCAUGUUGAACAAGGUUCACCCUCCAAGACCGGAUUGGUAUGAGGAGUUUUAUGCGUCGGUUUUGAACAAUGGCAUGAAAUCUUAUGAGGCAGAGAUUGCAGGCUACAAGUCGCAGCUCUUUGCUACUUUGAGGGGAAAGGUUGAAAAUGUUUUGGAGAUUGGCAUUGGGACGGGUCCUAAUCUCAAGUACUAUGCCGGUGAUACGGGUGUCCAUGUUAUUGGCAUAGAUCCAAACAAAAAGAUGGAGAAAUAUGCACUGGCAUCGGCAGCGGAUGUGGGCUUGCCCUUGACAAAUUUUAAAUUUAUACAAUCGGUUGGGGAGGCUUUGCCAUUGAGUGAUGCUUCUGUUGAUGCAGUUGUUGGAACACUUGUCUUAUGUUCUGUUAAAGAUGUUGAUAUGACACUGAAAGGUAUAAAAGUCUCUGGUGCUUUCGUUUUCUUGGGUCAUUGUCAGCUAUGGCUGUUUGGGAAAAUCAGAGUUAGCGAGGAGCAAGGAUUGUCAUAUGAGUUGAGAGGUGAAGAGGGUUCUUAGACCUGGUGGGAUUUACCUGUUUGUGGAACAUGUUGCUGCAAAAGGUAUUGGGUGAAUAGUCCCUUAUCAUUUAUUAGACAGAAAAACAUGGUCGAAACCAAGUUCCUGCUGAAUUGGUGGAUGUUCUUUGUUCUACUUGUUCUGCUGCAGAUGGCACAUUGCUCAGAGUCUUACAGAACGUUCUUGACCCUCUGCAACGGACAAUUGCUGAUGGGUGUCACCUCACCAGGGAUACAGGAAAGAUCAUAUCCGAAGCCCAUUUUUCAGGCCUUGACAUGGACAUGGCUUUCUUGUCUAGUGCCUUUUUUGUAAACCCUCAUUUGUAUGGAAUGGCUUGCAAGUAAUACAGCAGUGAAGCAAGAUUGCCAAUUCCAAAACAUUACUCUGUUUCACACAUUUUGUUUCUUUGAUUGGUAUAAACAACUUGGGGGACAGCUCAAGAUCAUGAGCAGGUUCUAUCACUGGUGGAGUUACGGGGUAUGACUUGGGGCUCUAUUUUGAUUAUUUCAUUGGAUACCAAUGAUGGAGUCACAGCUUCCUUCCUGUCCUAAGAACUUGGGGCUGGUGCGCUUGGUUUUGUUUCCAGGAUAUAGUUUUAGCAGGCUUGCAAAAGACAGGAUUAGAGUGUACUCUUAAAUUGAUGGCCCUGUACAUAGGGGAUGACAGUCAUCCAUGACAUGUCCCUUGUAAUCAUAUUUGUUCACGUCACAUUCAGAUGGAAUUUAUAUGGAGUUUUCCUUCACGUCA